AUGCUGCUACUAGCGCUGCGCAGCUUCUUCUUCGUGACCAUACUGCUCGGCUACAGUACCGGCAUCUGGCGGCUCAUAAACGACUACUUCCGGCGCGAGUUCGAGACCUUCCUGCAGGAGGAGGCCAAAGCGAACAAGUACCUCCUGCAGGACCCCCACCCAUCGGAGCUCGCCAGGGGGGCGGCGACGGCAGGGGUACCAGCACCACCGGCCAGCACCACACCGCUGCCGCCGGUAGCGGGCAUCGCGCCUGUGACGUCAUCAGGACUGGAAGUGGGACACACGACUGGAGCGGACGAACAGGAGUGGCUUCGCUACUGGAGGCGUCGGGCGGCCAGCGAGGGGGACACCACGGAGCCGCCAUCGAGUGACAGCGGAAGUGAGCCACAGUUCUGUUCGGCACAGGCGGCACCACGCCAAGGUCUUCCGCCGGAGUCAGAGGGGAGGAUGGCGGUACCGGAGGUAGGCUGUUGACGGACGAAGACGAAAUAAAACUGCGAACCCCGAACGCCCUACAUGGCAAA